ACAGAUGACAGUUGUGACAGUCCGUGGGAGGUGGCCGGCGCGGCGGGGGGCAGUAACGUCAAGUCGAAUUUCACAAUUAGUACUUGUUUCGUCACAAAUAUUAAUUUACACCCAAAUUUGUGAAGCGUUGAGUGUAUUAGUGGAAUAGUGAGUUUAUAUAACUACCAAGAAACGUUUAGGUGAACGAUUUCAGCCGUCCAAACUCAAGUAAUCCAAGAUGGCGGAGGUGGGGUUCCCCGGGCAGCACACGACGACCACGACCGUCACGUCCAGCACCACGGUGCAGACCAACAUCAGGUUCGACCCGCUCUACGUGCAGACAGCGACGGGCAUACUCAAAGUGGUUCAAGUUGUGUCUAGCCUGCUGGGUUUCAUUAGCGUGCAAGCCGCUCGCUACCAGUACAGAGGAUACGGCUCAUUUUACUCCUGGAUUUCCAUGAUUGCCUUCUGGUUCACCGGCAUUCUGCUCGGGCUAUACCUGUUCCACCUGGUGGAGAAGUUGUACAGGAUCCCGUGGCUGAGGAUGGAGCUCGGGUUCUGCAGCCUGUGGGCCUUCUUCUACCUGCUGGCCUCCAGUCUGCUCGUCUCCGUGUACGACAACGCGGGCUACUCCGCCGCCGCGUUCUUCGGCUACGCAGCGAUGUUCGCGUACGCCAUCGACGCGUUUCUCAAGUUCCGCGCCGUGCGGGCGGGCGGGCUCGCGCAGGGCUCCAGGGUCGUGUCCAAGCAGACCACCUCGGCCGUCGCCGUCACCACGCCGCCCAGGGAAGGGUAUUAAACUA